UUUAAGCAGAAAUGAAAGUUGGUUUUUGUUCUUUUGAGAGCGAUUCGUUUUAUUCGUGGAAAGGAUUUCCUCUUCCUGUGUGCAGCUCUGAGUCAGAAGUCGGAAAAGAGGAGCGGUCGUCGAAGCCGCAGAUUGUCAGCUCGGAGGCGAAAAUGAACGCACACUUUCUGCUGCUCCUCGUGAUUCUCUCCUCAGAGUUGGGCGUGGAAGCGUGCUCGCGGCGGCGGAAGGGUUCGCGGCUGGCGGCACUGGCGCAGGAGGAAACGUGCGGGUGCGUGCCCUUGCGCACGUGUCCGCCCUUCCUGGCAGCACUGGGCACCAACGUCAGCAGGACGCGGCUGCGGGCCCUGCAGAAAGCCACCUGCGAUCCGAUUGGGGACCCUGACAACCCUGACGUCAAGUGCUGCGACAGAUUCCUCAAGGAAAUCGAAAUGGACAAUGAAGUGAUGGCGGACAAAAUUCCAACGAGGGCAAAGCUUGUUGAUUUUGAGAAAUUCUGCGGCCAGUUCGAGCCGAUGCUAGAUCCGAGGAUUGUCGGUGGAAAAGACGCAGCUCUUGGACAGUUUCCGUGGAUCGUCAGGCUCGGAUACACUGAAGAGCCAGGCAUGGACGUGGACGAUGCCAUUUUCCUCUGCGCCGGUUCCCUGAUCAGCCAUGAACACGUGCUCACGGCAGCACACUGCAUCGAGAGGCAAAAGCACCUUACACAAUUAGAGUGGGUUUUGCUCGGCGAGCUGGAUGACCGCACUGACCCCGACUGUGAGCCACUUCAGGGGUGUGCGCCGCCGACCCUGAAAAGAAGAAUAGCUUGGAAGGUGGCCCACGUCGAGUACAGCGCCAACACCUUCAAAAACGACAUCGGACUCAUCAAACUCGACAAACCAGUCAAUUUUACAAACUGGCUUCAUCCAAUUUGUCUGCCGAAGGGUCCAGGGGCGGAUCUUGCCAAUUCAAAAGCCGUCGUUGCAGGAUGGGGAAGGGUCGAGGCAGCCCUUAAUGGUCCGCCAAAAUACAAGAAUAAGCUGCAGUAUCUGUGGAAGCGGGUGCUGGCGGAGGACACGUGUGGGCAGCAGUACAAGCGGUCGCUGGGCCGUGGCCAGUUGUGCGCCGGCGGCAAGAAGGGCGAGGACUCGUGCGACGGCGACAGCGGCGGCCCCCUCGCCCGGCCCGACCCCGCGGACCCUGUGGGACCGUACACGCUCAUCGGGGUCGUCUCGUUCGGCGCCAAGGACUGCGGACUCGGCACCCUGCCCGGCGUCUACACCAGGAUCGACACCUACCUCGACUGGAUUGCCAAGGUCGCCGCCGCCGAUCCGAAAAACAUGUCGGUCACGAUCAGAAUGUAAAUAAAGUUAGUUC